AUGCCUUCCACCAACAACAGCUCACAAUUGUCCAGUCUUUCGGCCAACUUGGGUGGCAAGACGGCCAUCGUCACCGGAUCUUCCAUAGACAUUGAUGCUGGAAUCGCGGUGGACUUGGGACGUCGCGGUGCGGCCGUGGUUAUCACUUACACCUCGGAACGGUCCCGCGACGCAGCUUAUAGUGUUGCAAAGACCAUUGAUGAUUCUAUAUCUGGGGGAAAGGGUCUACCAGCGAGUCCACAGGAUACCAUCGAUAUUCUCAUUCAUAAUGCUGCCGACGGGGAAGAUCGAUUUUUGGAAGACGUCACUGGCGAAUUCUUCAACAAGAUGACCGAUCUGAACCUCAAAGGAGUUUACGAUCCACGGGUCGUGCCCCAUAUGCCGCGAGGCGGACGCAUUGUCCUCAUCACCUCGGCAGCGGCACGCAUGGGCGUCACACAAAAAAGCGUCUACGUCGUCACCAAAGCAGGCCAUAAAGCUUUCUGA